UUUAGUUCUUGCACUCUCCGGCAGCAAGUUGUGUUUUUUGAUUCUCGUCGUAUUGUCGUCGUUUCUGAAUUGUUGUAUAUCGGUAUCAAAAUACACACAUCUUGCAUACUCACGCAACUACGCCCACAUACACAUAUACAUGUACGUGUGUCCAAUUGCACGUAGUGUGGAAUCCGAAUCAGUAUCGAAAUCAGUUCGAAAACCCUUAGUGUGUGCGUGCUCAAUUCAGUUUUCAAAUUGAAACUACAUCAUUUGCAACGAAGAACAUUUUCCAGUCCCAGUUCCAGAACCAUUUUCUUUCGAGUCGAGUUGGGAAAAUCGGUGUUGUAUGCUUUGCGGCGCUGGCGAAUAAAUUAAUCCUUCUGACAUACCACAUUACUCAUUCGUAGUGGAUAUCGUUGGUGUGGCGCUUUUAACUAGGCUAUAGUAGGAGGAGCCAAGAACGGGCAGCGGACUAUCUUUAAUCCACUGCCGUUGCUAGGAGUGUGCAUCUGAAAGGGACUUCACAGCAGUAUUAUAUCUACAGCCACUUAUUUGAUUUACGCGCCAUCUCUAUUUCUGUCUAUUGAACAAGUUUUCGAAGAAGAAAGCUCAGCAGCGUUCGCAAGAUGGUCGAGGGUCAGACAGCCGUUCAGCAGCAGCAGCAGCAACCAUCCGGCGCGGGCGGUGCCAGCGGCGUGGGAAGCACCACCGGAUCCGCUGGAGGACCGGCUACGGCCAACAAUGUGACCAACAGUCAGGCCCAAACCAAUGGGGGCACCACUGCGACCACGACUGCCGCAGCGGGUGCCGGAUCCACGACAAAUGCGGCCGUCGGCCAGGCCACAGCAAACAAUGCUGCGAGCAACAACAACAAUAAUAAUAAUAAUACCAACAACAACAAUAACAAUAACGCCACUGCAAACAACAACAACAAUAAUGAGCCAGACCCCAAGACCAAUUUGAUUGUGAACUACUUGCCACAGACGAUGUCGCAGGACGAGAUCCGUUCGUUGUUCGUCAGUUUUGGCGAGGUGGAGAGCUGCAAGUUGAUACGCGACAAGGUGACAGGACAAAGUCUGGGCUACGGAUUCGUGAACUACGUGAAGCAGGAGGAUGCGGAAAAGGCAAUCAACGCAUUGAACGGCCUCAGGCUGCAGAACAAAACCAUCAAGGUCUCCAUUGCACGCCCCAGCUCCGAGAGCAUCAAGGGUGCCAAUCUCUAUGUAUCGGGUCUUCCAAAAAAUAUGACACAGUCGGAUUUGGAAUCAUUGUUCAGUCCAUACGGCAAGAUCAUAACCUCGCGUAUUCUUUGUGAUAAUAUCACUGGUCUCUCCAAGGGCGUUGGCUUUAUACGCUUCGAUCAGCGAUUUGAGGCCGACCGGGCCAUUAAAGAGCUGAACGGCACCACUCCGAAGAAUUCCACCGAACCCAUAACCGUCAAGUUCGCCAACAAUCCUAGCAGCAAUAAGAACAGCAUGCAGCCUUUGGCAGCCUAUAUAGCGCCCCAAAAUACGCGUGGCGGACGAGCAUUUCCGGCCAACGCUGCUGCCGGAGCGGCAGCCGCCGCCGCUGCAGCUGCCAUCCACCCCAAUGCGGGCCGAUACAGCUCUGUAAUCUCGCGAUAUUCACCGUUGACCAGUGACCUGAUCACUAAUGGCAUGAUCCAAGGCAACACCAUUGCCAGCUCCGGCUGGUGCAUUUUCGUCUACAACCUGGCGCCCGAUACCGAGGAGAACGUGCUGUGGCAACUGUUUGGGCCCUUCGGAGCAGUGCAAUCUGUUAAGGUGAUUCGUGAUCUGCAGAGCAACAAGUGCAAGGGCUUUGGCUUCGUCACCAUGACGAAUUACGAAGAGGCUGUCCUGGCCAUACAGUCGCUGAACGGCUACACACUUGGCAACCGAGUGCUUCAGGUCAGCUUUAAGACCAACAAGAACAAGCAAACGUAAUUAUUAACCAAGUUGGCUGCUGUUGUCAAUGCCAAUGCGGCGGCGGCAGCUCUGGCGGCCAAUGGUCUAGUCCUCCAUAAUCAUCACCACCACAGCAACAUCGGUAGCAUCAACAAUAAUAGUAACAACAGCAACGGCUGCAGUGCAGCAGCCUUUCCACUUGGCAAAUACGUUAACCACAGCAGCAACAACAGGCAGCACAACAUCAACAAUAGCACUAGCAACACGAGCAAACAGAAGCCAGCCUCCACGAGCAACAAGCAACAAUCAAUGGCGCCACCUAAGAGAUUAGCGAGCAGCACUGCUGCAACAACGGGGGACUUGGCCGCAACUGCUGCCACCAACAGCAGUAGCAGCAGUCACUCGGCGUCCAGCGGAGAUGCUGGAGCCACCGGCACAGCCGCAUCCUCCUCGUCAUCGUCGUCGUCGACAAACAACAACAUCCUGAAGACAUCCACGAAAUUUAUUUACAACAAGCCCCAGAACCAAUACGAGUUGUUGCAGCAGCAGCUGCAGCUGCAGCAGGAGUUCGCCCAGUUUUUGACCAAUGUGGCCAACAGCGCCGCAACGCCAUCCAGCAACGGCUCGGCCAACUCGACAAACCAGCGUAAUGGAGGAGGAACCAUCGGCAUGGGUCUGGGAAUGUCGGCCAACUCAGCCGGCGGAGGUUCGGGCAACAAAAACAGUAACGGCAACAAUGGCUAUAUGCCAACCUGGUCGAAUUGGUUCUUUUAAAGUUCACUUUGGUUUGUCAUCAGUCCAUUUCACGGAUCCUUUGUAAUUUUAGGCAACGAUUACUCAGUUUUUGGUUUAUUGAUAUAAGUUUGAAUUGCGCGAAAUAACAGAAUUGUUCACGUUUUGAGUUAUGAAUUUGUUUUUUCAGUGAAAUAAUGUAACCAUAAUUUCUUACGUUGACUAAGUUCUGAAAUGGUUUUUUUUUUUUUGCUUAUGCUCCCAUUAUUCUUUUAAGAUUACAUUCAAUUUAAUGUAGAACUUACAUCUUUCGUUAAUGCACUUUUAAACUGUCUAGUCGACUCUCCCGAAGAAAAAAGCUUCCAUGAGGAAAAGGGAAUACAGAAAAGAUAAUGCUAUAGUUAAGUUUUUGUUUGAGGUGUAGGAAACGCAUACUCUACGGAUAUUUUUAAACAAAGAGUAAAAAUACAAUUUGCAGGCAUAGAAGCCCCAAACCACCAAAGAAUGAAAACAAACUUGACAAAUAUUUAAGCUAUAAAUAAAUGUAUAAAAGCGAUACGAAAACAGAACUGAAUGAGUAAACAGAUAGAGGCGUUUGGCUUAUAGUCAAACCACUUGCAAAUAGACAAUGCAGAAUGAGAAGGCAGCUAGAUGCGAAAGAAAACCAAACAAAGGAAAACAGAAAAGCAAAAUAAAUAAGACAUACGCGUGUUUAUGUUUCAUAAAUCUAAUGUAAAACUUUUGCUAAAAAUAAAUGGUGUAUGCAUAAUACAACAAGUAAACCUUUUAUUCUCCAUUACCAUUUGUUCGAUUGCCCAGUUAAACUUCGCCUAGCCACUUUCAUACAUAUGUUAACCAUUACCUAUCCUUCGGCACUACACUUAAAUAUAGACUCUCUAAGAUCUUAACAGGGACAUUAGCAUGAGGGACAGAAAGCCGAGAGGAAGGGCCCACGAGAAUUUCUUCAAAUACAACGAAUAAAUAUUUAAGAAAAUUUGAAACCAGCAAGUGGAAAUGCAACACCUGUCGAGUCAGAGAGAGAGAGAGAAUUCAAAUACAAAGUAACCAGCGAUUGUAAAGCUUAAACAAAAGCCAGCUAAGUACGCUAAGCACGCCACUCCAAUCGAAGUUAGUUAAUAUAACUAAAGACAAAGAUCAGAACAAAGUCCCUCCCUAGACAAGCAAGUGAGAAAAUGAAAUGAAAACUUACAUACAUAGAUGACAAAACGCGUUUCAGCCUAACGAAUUUGUUUAAGCCCAACUCAACAGCAAUAAAAAAACACAACGUAACGAACAAAUUAAACAAAUUGCCAAACUAAAUAUAGCAAAUUUUAAUAAACAGUAAUGGACAUGGAAUGAGAAUGGUUGAUAAUUGAAGUUUUUCAAGAGCCUGGCAAUGACAAGUUAUGACAAGACAAGUUAUACAUAUGAUGGUGCUUCACAGAAUUCCUUGUAGAAGAAGUUAAAUGCAAAAAAUAAAUAGUAUUUGUAAUAUGCAGUUUUAUGUUCCCUGUUUUCAAGUUGAUCCUUUCCUUUAAAGUGCCGUGAACCCAUUAUGGAAAAAUCGAGAUGUUACUCAACAUUUACUAUGCUAUAUCUCUCUAUAAAAUCUAUAACUAUUUAUGAAAACUAUUACAUAUGAUUAACAAUAUAUUGAUGUUGUGUAUUGCAAAUUUUAAAUGUUUAUACAUACAUACAUACCGCGAAAAUUAUUAUGAAUACUAAUUCAUGGCAUGCGAAUAACGGAAAUCCAUUUUCAUGUAUACGUCAAGUAAAUUUAUUGCAUACUACUUAAAACUAAUUACCAUGAACAAAUUAUAUAUUCAAGUAUAUAUAUUGCGAUUAUUAGGUAUGUAUGUGUGUAGUGCAUAGAGAAACCGAAACGCCAAGCCUCCAAUAUUUGUAGAGCUCAACGGCUUUUUCUCCCCUACUCCACUAAAUCUACUAGAAAAUCCAGCAAAAAAGAAAACCCCACAUUACUCACACUCAUGCGCAAAAGCUUGACUGAAAUUAAAAUAGAAAUUCUGGCUUUUAAGCGUAAGGUAAAUUAGUCAUAAAACCUUCCAGCAAGUCUCAAAUGCAAGUUCAAGAAAACUCAACAUAACGUAAAAGCUAUAAGGAGAACACCAAAUGAAACGUUUUUUAUACAAGAUGUAAAAAAUUGAGGCACAAUUUUUGGUGCAUGCGUGUGACACGGCUGAUAGCAGACAUACAUGCAUAGACGUGAAUGGACAUGCUUCGACAUGAUAUCCAGGCAUACGCGGUUAAGUGAAUGAAAAGCAUAAACAACAACAAAAAGCAAUCGAUUAUAUACAUUUUUUAAGAUGAAAUGUUUUAUAAAUGAUAAAUACAAAUGGAGGAAAACCAAGAAAGUAUUUUAAAAAUUUAAAUAUAUACAUGAGUACUAUAUACAAAAUAUUAAAUUAUAUAUACAUAUUAAAUACUUACUGGGUAACGAACAAAAACACCGCACAAUAAUAUACAAAACAAAACGAAAUCGAGGAAAGGGAAUGGCACGUCAAGAUGGGAGAAACAUACGUAAAUAAUAACAAAUACCAGAAGAGAAUGUUUAACUAAAUGCAGAAAAGACUAACGACGAAUCGAGAAAACUAUGAAACCAGCAAAUUUAUAAUUUUUACAUGGAAAUCGCAAUAAUGUUAACAUUUAAAGAAGACGAAAAACAAAGAGCAUAUCUUGAAAACAAAGGAAGAGUAUUGAGGAGGGAUCUCAAGCAACGGAACGAUAUCGAAGACACAAAAAUCGACAAGUUACCACAAAUUUUAACUACCAAGUGAAUGGCUUAAUUACGGCACACUUUUAUACUUUUACACCAAAACAAAAGAAACGAAUCGAAACGAAACAAAAGCAAAAACCAAAGACGUAUGUAUAAAUGGCGAUCGAUUUAACCGUGCAAAAUCGUUUCUCGAUGCACCUUCGCGUUCUGAAGCCAAUAUGGUUGUGCAAAUGCCUGCAGACGCCACCGGAAACGGAAACGUCUGCAGAGCGCCCUCUUUAGGCGGCUUGUAAACGAUGCAAACGUGCAACCCUGCAACCGCUGCAUCGUUUACACUCGGCUUGAAAUGUCUGUUUCUCUCACACAGAUCACACACACACCCCACACAGACACACUCUCUUAUCCUUACCCACUAGUCUCACUUAAAUGAAUGUUGAAUAGCAAGGAAACCCAGUAGUACCACGAGCCACUCGUGUGCAAACGAAACGAAAACGGAAGGAAGUCUAGCAGUUGCGAUCUAUCUGAGAAGUGUAAUUGAUGGCUUUUAGGCGUAGCUACACACAUACAAAGAACUGGCGCCCCCAGAUCGUUUGAAUUAUCGGGGCAGGAAAUCGACUCCCCACACAUUUUCGCCUGAUUUUGAACUGUACGAACAAACUAUCUAUCCCGGCCCAGAUCUUUGUUUCGGCUGUAGCAUCCUCUAAGAAGAACCAGCUAUCGAUCAUAUUGCAAGGAAUCGAAUAACAUUUUGUAGUGCAAGUCAUCAGUAAGUUGCGGACGGAAAUACGCUCUUUAUAUGUAUAUGUUUAAAUGUUCAAGCAAGCAAGAAAUGGAAACACUUAAGAUAUAUUAUAAAUUAAUUAAAACCAAAUCUUAGUCGAAACGAACUUAGUCAAAGGUACUAAUUUUAAGCACUAUUGUUAAACGCAAGUCAAAAGGCAACGGAUGAAGGAAUCACUUUAGCCAAAACGGAAACAAAAAUAUUGAAUCUUAACUGAAUCUGAAACUCAGAAACUCUAGUGGCAUUCGCUCUUUCAAGCUCAACAUAAGUUAAUGAACAUAUGAAUUCCACAUAACAGAUUAUAAUAAUUCAAACUUAUUUAUAUUUGUCUAUCGGUUAGCUUGCAUAAUACACUUAUGCCACAUAUUACAUAUGUAUGAAGAACUAUGCAACCUUUUUUCUCGUCGUUAUAAAAAAUAGUCGAAAUAUUGGUGGACAGUAUCGUAUUGUAGUAGCUAAUAUGUAUUUACCUUUAAUCAUCACCGAACAAAACAGAAAACAAUUAUUCCAAUUUAAUUAAAGUGCAUAAAUUGUAUAUUGAAUUACUGUCGUGUUCUCUCAUAUGGACGCGAAACCUUAAAGUUUUUCUUCAAAUUCGCAUUAUAUUACUUAAAAGACAAAAACCAAGAAACCGAAACAAAACAAAAUCACAAUAUUAAGUGCGGAAAAUGUCAAGCAAAUUUAUAUAGCAUAUUUAUGGUAUACUCUGUGCAAGAUUUAUUAAGAAUCAAUUAUACUUCAUUAUGGAUUACUCUGAGAAUUUACAAACAACAAACACACACUACACACGAUGAAUGAAAGCAAAAAUUUAUUCAAAUAAAGCUAUGAAAUGAUGUGUUU